AUGAGUGAUUAUCAUCAUAAUGUUGUACUGAGCUCUACGGCGCACUCUGGUGGUAAACAUUCAGCCAUGUUGGUCUGCAGCGUCUACGACUUCUACCCCAAACAGAUCAGAGUGAAGUGGACCAGAGACGGACAGGAAGUCACCUCUGAUGUCACUUCCACUGAUGAGCUGGCAGACGGUGAUUGGUACUACCAGAUCCACUCUCACCUGGAGUACACGCCCAGGUCUGGAGAGAAGAUCUCCUGUAUGGUGGAACACGCCAGCCUGAGAGAACCUCUGAUUACUGAUUGGGACCCGUCCAUGCCUGAGUCUGAGAGGAACAAGAUUGCCAUCGGAGCCUCAGGACUGAUCCUGGGUCUGGUCUUAUCUCUGGCUGGAUUCAUCUACUACAAGAGGAAGGCCCGAGGACGGAUUCUGGUUCCCAGUAGCUGAUUCUGGACCUGGUUCUGGUCCUGUAGCUGUUUGUCAGAGGGAAUAAAAAGCAGCAGCUGCUUCAACCUGCUUCGUGUGUUUCAGCUCAGCAGACUGUCGGUCCUGGACCAGCAGCUGGACCGCCUUAACUCCUGAUUCUCUGAUGAUCUGGACUCUGAUACUCAGCUGGUCUCAACC